CCACCCACAUUUCAUUUCCGAUUGCAAGCAUAUAUCCCAAAAACCACGGGACGAGCGAGAGUGCGUGAGAGGUUUCCGGGAAAAUCGAAAAAUCUCUAGAGUUAGGGUUUCUAAAGCCAUGGGAGGCGGAGGAGUAGUGAGAGCGGCGGCUAAGAUGUCCGGCAUCGGUGUCUUCAACGGUGGCAUUCGCGGGGUGCCUGUCAUGCCGCCUGCCGAGCACUCGGUGCGCAACGCUACCCUCCCCGUAUCCGCGAUCUUGUCUUCGUCGUCGGCGUCGUCCAAGACACCCUCCACCGAAGUGUCUUCGAUUACGGCAGCGUGGGACGAUUGGGAGUUCACCGACAGCGUGGAGGAGCUGAAGAUCGAGGCAGGGGAGCCGAUGCCGAGGGUAGUAUUCGGGGGCGUACCCAGUUUCCAGGAGGCGAAGGAGGCGACUGCGGAAUUGAAAGACGCUCUUGACAAGGUAUAUCUGUCAUCUCCGAAAUCCACUGGAUUUAGUGAUACAUUUGCUGCUGAUCAUGUUUCUGUCCUGUCUCCCCUUACAAACCCAGAGUCAGACACUAAAUCUUGUGUCUUCUUUGAGGCUACACCAGCUCCUGUGCCAAAAAAUGUCCUUCAGGCAUUUAAGUUACUCAGUGAAAGCCCUAAAGCUCAGACUGUAGUUGCUUCAAUUGCAUCUGACCCAAAUGUCUGGAACGCGAUGAUGGAUAAUCCUAUGCUUAAGGAUUACUUGGCUUUAGAACAGAGAAAUGACAAUCCAGAACCACAAUCUCCUAAGAGAUUUGAAGAAUCAUCUGAUGGAGGUCAAACUGGGAGCAAAGAGAAUGGAUUUGCCCAUAUUACGGGUAUGAUGCAGAACAUUAAGCGUAAAGUACUUGAGAUGGUGAGCAACGUGUCCAAUUUGUUUCAGAACAUCUUCGGAGUUUCAGCAUCAGAUGAAAUUUCCUCCGAUUCCAAUGGAAAUGUUAAAACGGCAGGAGCGACCUUCAUGGGAUUGGCGGUGCUGGUUAUGAUGGUGAUUGUGUUAAAGCGUGUCUAGAUUUUCUACGCGGCCUCUCUGUGAAUUUGUCGAAUUAACAAAUUCUAUGCGUGUUUUCUGGCGGGAUGCCAUAAUAUACAUAAAUAAGAACGUUGUGAAAUUUAAAAAAUGAAAAAAAAGAAAAUCAGUGUUUGUAGUACUAUUGUAAUUGAUUGCCCAUCAGUAGUAUCUAUGUGCAUGUGUUUGAGGAGGGAGUGUGUACUUUUGGUGGACUGUGUUGGAUGAGAUGAUCUCCUUUUGGCCACGUGUUCUGCUUAUGGGAGUACAGUCCGGUCUUUAUAAUUCGGGAAAAUUUCAUUUUGGUUGGCACAUGAUCUGAUGCAGUUGUGGGUGCGGUUCUGUGUCACUAAUUGCAAUUUCUGCAAUUGUUUUGCCUUCUUUUGUCAACGCUCAUGUCAGUGAUUCUUGGCUAAGUGUUUGUAUACAAAUUAUCUUCCUAUUCUUCUG